AUGGCGUCAGCUAAACUCGGCACCCUAAUUAUACGAACGUUAGCCAAGCCUAUAAGUACACAAAUCAAGCACCAGGCCAAGCAACAUGAACGCUUCCGAGGGAUGUGCGUAGACCUAGCGCAAUGGAUGUAUCGCAUUGAGGUGCGAAUGCGGACGAACUUACUGGGUGGACCCGCAGUCAACAUACGUCCGCUUUCGGAGACUCGGGCUAUCGAAAACGGGGCGAACGCCCUUGCUGAAGGUUUCCUAUUCUCCGUUGCUGCUGCUCUGAUCAUCGGCGAGACCUGGCGAACGUCACGAAAUACCUCCAAACGGAAGGACGAUGUCGACGACAAGCUGGAAGGCUUAGAAACCAAGGUCACCGAACUGACAACCAGGGUGGACUUGCUGGCGCAGAAGUGGGACGACCAGUUGCAGGAGGAACGCCAGAGGAACGACGAACUGGCGCGGAUAUUGGAACGUGUAGUGGAGAUUGGGCUGAGGGGCGGCUGGGCAGAGUUUCAAGAUACACCCCUUCCACUACCUCGAGUGCAGCUGACAUCCCCGCGGCCACCAUCCGAAGCUACCGAGGAAACAGCAGCGGACAGUCCCCCCGGCGAAGGUGCCGAAUCCAAGAGCGAAUGA